CCCAGGUCUGUUAUGAACUCGCGCAUGUGCAAUGCCAUUCUUUACAGAAGGUGCCAUCCCUCCAAAUGAGUCCAAAACAUAACAGCACAACAGCGUGUCAGCAGCAAGAUGGCUGCGAAGAGGAAAAGAGAUAGUGCGAACGAUGGAAGCAAAGAGGUGGAAAUAAGAAGACUGAUUCCGGAAUUGUGCAAUCAGUUUUAUCAUUUAGGAUGGAUGUCUGGUACUGGAGGAGCAAUGAGCAUCAGAGAAGGGCCUAAUAGAAUCUUGGUUACUCCAUCUGCAGUUCAGAAGGAAAGACUCAAACCAGAACAUAUAUUUGUCUGUGAUGAUGAGGGAAACGUUAUUGAGAGCCCAGAUCCAAGCUUAGGUGUUAAAAAAAGUUCAUGUGCAAAAUUUUUCAUGGUGGCUCACAAAAACCGAGGUGCUGGUGCAGUGAUGCAUACACAUUCGAAAGCUGCAUUUAUGGCAUCAGUGGUAAUCCCAGGCAACGAAAUCAAAUUGACACACAUGCAAUUGAUAAAAUGUAUAAAAAAUGACAAAACUGGAAAAAAUUAUGGAUUUAAUGAAGAGUUGGUUGUCCCAGUGAUUGAAAACAGGCUUACUGAAAUAGAGCUUGUUGAACCACUCGAAGAAAGCUAUGAAGGAUAUCCAGAGACAUGUUGUGUCCUUGUGCGGAGGCAUGAUUAUUUAAGGCGUGCGAUAAACUGCACUUCUGAGCAACGGAAGGCGUGUGCCAAGGCGUGGGCGUGCGAUCGCACGCCAUUCCCAGCAUGGCCUGAGUGUGAGUGUUUUGACUAUCUGUUCGAAAUGGCUGUUCAAAUGAAGUUGCAUGGUAUUGAUCCUUCUGAGAAGCCUGCUGGAGCUGUUGUGUGA